GUUGCGCUAGCACCUGCUGAGCGUUAUCGGAGCCUCUGUGGACUUUGUCUCAGGUGAAAGGAAAUUGCUUGUUGCCGGGGAAAGUAGUAGCAGGAGAUGGUAACUUUACUUUUCUCCUGUUUGCUCUGUGCCUGUGAAUGAUCUACUGAGCUCCAGCCCUGCGUGCGUGCGGUGUAGCCAAGACAGAGCGUGUGGCACACCGGAGCGCGGCGUGGCUCCUGAGGGAGGUACAACUGCUGAGGUUCUGCAAAAUGGCUUUAUGCUUCCGCAGCUUCACCCUAUAUGCCAUACCUGGAGUGCUGGCGCUGGUCGGCUGCUGGUGGAUCUAUUCCCACAGAAAAAAGCAUGCAGGCUACCAUGACAAACAAGCACCAGCCACUGAAGAAGAGCAGCAGGAGGAAGUGCCAGCGAAUGAAUCAGCACCCAAAACAGAAGCGUGCGUUCCUCGAAGAUUGCCUCUCUCCUCGGAAGAGGAAUGCCCACAGAACAAAGCCGCGACCUCCCUGCUGCCAGCAGGGCCCACGACGCCCUCUCUGCUGUGUCAGGCUCAGGAGAGGCCAGAUCUGUCACAGGACCUUCCAGACCUGUCAGUCACGACAGCUCAGCCCAGCACCCUCGAGGACGACAGUGAAAAACUAGAAACGAUAGGAUCUCAAGAUGAAAGCGGUGUCCCUGCUUGUGUUCCUCUCCCCCUGGUCUCAAGGAGCCCUACACAGGGCUCGAGCUCUAGCGCAAACCAAGAUCAGCGGCGACCAGCAGCGACGAGACAGGAGCCUUUGGGAAUCACGGAGGAGAUCAGCCAUGCAGAGCAGUCAGAUGAUUCUUCAUUUAAGCCCCCUAAGGAAAGCCAGAUGCCAGAAAUCGUGCCAUCAGAUGCUGGCCCUGUGACAGCCCUUUGCUUGGGAUUGGAGAAGGAAGCCAAUACCCCACAAGCCUCUCUCAAUAAUGGAGUCGAAGUUGUAUUAAGUCACAAGGAUUCUGCAGCGAGCGUGUUACCGGAUAGUUUGGAGUCUGCCUGUGUGGAGCGGUCCAGGGAAGAGGAAAAGCCUGAGUCAAUUGCCAGUACUGUACCUGUGUGUCAGGAGGAGGACAUACAGCUAAAAGGACAUGAAUUGGAAAGAGAGAAGACUGAAGGAAUGAGUCUGGACAAGGAAGAAGUUGAGAAAAUUGAGCAAGUAGCGAUACAGAUCAUUUCCAAGGUCAUUUUGGCAGCAACUGAGGAAGUGCUGUCUGGUUCUGCGAGUGAUGUGUCCAGUUGGAUCUGCCAGACUGCUGCCAGCCGAGCUGAGAGACCUCUGGAGACGGCGAGCGUUGUUUCCUCUGAUGGGAUGCCUGUGGAGGAAGCCAUGGGAGCAGAUGAGAACGUGGCUGCAGAGAGCGAUGCUGCGGGACCGACAUCCCUGCAGACAGAGGAACAGCAUCAGUGUGUGACGGGUUCCGGCUGUUUAACACACAACUGUUUGUCUGCCCCUGUUCAGGGAGACACAAAAGACUGUCAGAAGAAGAACCGGGUGUGCAGUCAGUCCCAAGGAGCUGAUAGGACUCCUGUGGAAAAGCAUGGAGAGUCACUGGAAAGGUCAUCUUUGGUUAUGGAGGACUCUGGUUGCAGCACAUACACAUCGGAAGGUGGGACAAGUGUGGAGGACCCAUUGCAGAACACAAUGCUGUCUGUCUCAUCAGGCCAGCAUUCGGACUCGCUGAGCAUAUCUGCAACCCAGGACACAUCUGCUGAGCAGAGCUCAGUACCAAGUGAAAAACUGCCUACUCCGAAGCUGCCUGAAGACAGUGUAGUGCCAUACAGCAAUGGGAUACUGAAAGAGGAUGGUCCAGAUCUGUCUCAGGAGUGUAGCAGGGCAGCAGGGGUGGAUGGAGAACACUCAGGAGGUUCAGAUGUAAGUAACAUGGAUUUUGUGGACAGUGGCUGUGCCCUGAGGAAGACGGUGACUCGCCAGAACUCUAAGUUGGGAGGAGAAUCCAGCAAGUCCGACUUCGUCAUCUGGGAAAUAGAGGUCCCAAAGGAAUUAGUUGGCCGCUUGAUCGGCAAGCAGGGGAGAUUUAUGAGCUUCUUGAGGCAAGCGUCUGGUGCCAAAAUUUAUGUCUCAACACUACCUUAUUUCCAUGACUCCCAAGUCUGUCACAUCGAGGGCUCCUCGCAUCAAGUAGAAAAAGUACUGAGCCUGAUUGGCAAGAAGUUCAAAGAGCUGUGUCUCACCAACAUCUACGCUCUACCUCCACCAACGCCGUUGACGCUUCAUUCCCUCCUCAUGACUGCCUGGCUCUUCCUGCCAGAUGGAGUCACUGUGGAGGUGGUGGUGGCGAACCAGGUCGACGCAGGACACAUGUUUCUGCAGCAGCACACACACCCCACCUUCCACGUCCUGCGGAGCCUCGACCAGCAGAUGUAUGCCUGCUAUUCUCAGCCUGAAAUUCCAACCCUGCCAACUCCAGUAGAAGUUGGUAUUAUCUGCGCAGCUCCAGGCCUGGAUGGGGCAUGGUUACGGGCUCAGGUUGUCAGCUACUUCGAAGAGACCAAUGAAGUGGAGCUCAGAUACGUGGACUAUGGAGGAUACGACAAAGUGAAGGUCGACACGCUCAGACAAAUCAGGUCUGAUUUUUUAUCACUACCUUUCCAAGGAGCAGAAGUUUUACUAGACAACGUGGUGCCACUUCCAGAUGAAGAUCACUUUUCAUCGGAAGCGGACGCCGCUGUCAGUGAGAUGACCAGAGGCGCAGUCCUAGUGGCGCAGGUCACAAAUUAUGAUAGCGUGACAGGUCUGCCUCUGAUACAGCUGUGGAACUUGAUGGGAGAUGAGGUCCUGUCAAUAAACAGAACUCUGGUGGAAAGAGGAUUUGCUCAGUGGCUCGACUACUAGCAGUGUCCUAGAUGCCUCGACAACUCUUUCUGCAGAGAAAAGCAAAAGAAUAACCCUUGUUUUGCACUGUUACAAUUCGGUUUGGCAACCUCUUGCGAGAAGACCUGUUUACACCAGUGUGCGGAGUUGUGUGGUCCAUUGAAACUCGUUUUGCUCAACUGUUACCAUUUCACUAGAAACUCAUACCUCAUCUCAGCGAUAGGCGGGGUGUUAAAAGCCAUAAUGACAGAUACUGUAGCUUUAAAAGCAAAAAAAAAAUAUAUUCCUACCUGGCCUCUGCUCAAAAGUUGACUGGGGAAAAAAAACUUAAAACCUUGGGGCUGGCUCGAAGCUGGCAAAUGCCCCUGAAACCUUAACUGUGGUUGCAUUUUCAUUCAAGAUGCUAAGUUCGUAGGGUAUCGUACGUCUGCUUUUCCUAAAAGUUAUAUCGGUUUUCCCUUUUUAACAGGCUCUGCCUAUGAAAUUAAUGAAUGUUAUUAAGGAAUUUAAUGUUCAGUUAUGGAUUUUUUCUACAUUGUGCCACUAACCUGCACAAACAACAUUCAUCUUGUGUCUUCCUUACGCCAGGAGGUAGAUGAAUUGCAUUCGUUGCACUUACUGUGGCACAUGUCUCACUGCAGUCAUGGGUUUUAGGCUCGAUAUGCUUAAGGAAGAAAGCUUCUCCGUGCAGGUGCUUGAAGUGCAGGAUGUGUUACCACUACAAUUUUUUUCUCUGAAAUGUCAUGUAUUUAAAGAAAAGAACUGAUUGCCAAGCCCAAUUGUAGUUUAUAUUUUUCUAGCUGUGCAAGUCUGUAAAUAUAUAUAAAAAAAAAAAGCGUUGUAAUAUUUUGUACAAGAAAAUCACUGGAAACAAAGGGAACUUUACAGAAUUUUUUUCACACCAAAAUGUCCUAUGUAGGUAGAACCGGUUUGGAGUGUAUUAGGGUAGCUGACAUAUUUGGAGCAUCUGGGGUGUUGGGAGUGUUUCAGCUCUGCUGUACACAGGAUCGGCAUUCCCGUAGAUCGCUGUCUGGCUUGAGUUGGGAUCACUGCAUUCUUUGCUAUGUUGCUGUACAGAUCUGUUUAAAAGAAAAAAAGAAAAAAAAAACAACUUGGCAUUAAUAUUGCAGUGGUGUUCUCUCUCGCAGUUUUUUUUCGCUCCUUUUUAGAUUUCUAUCACAUAUUUAAAAUUUUGCUCAAGUAAUUUAAGAUGACUUAAUACUCUUAAACAGAUGCCCUCUAAUGUAUAUCAUUUUAGAUAUGUAUUGAGCUGGGAUUUAUUGCUGGCAGAGAAGAUAUUUGCCAGAAGAAUGUUGAUGUAGUCAGUCCCCAGAAUUUUUUUCAGGUGUACUCAAGGAUGUCUUUACAUCCUGUGAGCUAACAUGUCAGUGCAUCAUACAUUUGGAUAGUUGCCUACAAAAGCAUUUGGUCCAAUCCCUUCUGAUAUGGUAUGGUUAUAGCCUUCUUUUUUUUUUUUUUGAGUUCUCUCCUAUUCGGCGCUUAUGAUUUAAUGUUUAUGUUUGCAAUAACAUCCAAUGGAAACUAAAUUUGAUAACUCAGUUAAAUCUAUAAAACAUAUAUCCUCUUGGAAUGUUUCUUUCCAUUUCAAUUAAAGCUCGAAUUUUAAGCCGUCUUAAA